AUGUACUGGAAAACUGGAAGAUUUCAAGGAUCACGGAACAUUGAAGCGCUGACACAAUUCGUUGCAGAAAAAUCUACAGACGAACCGGAAUUGUUUGUUAAAGAACUAACGGCUGAGACUUUUCAAACUGAAUUAUCAACUGGUUUAGUGUUCGUGAAGUUCUACGCCCCUUGGUGUGGCAACUGUAAACGUUUCGCCCCGACCUGGGCCACCUUAAGCCGGGAGCUACACGGCCACCCAGUGAGUAUAGCCAGGUUGGACUGCAGCCAGUUCAAGAGUUUGUGUGAGCAGUAUGAGAUUACCAAGUAUCCAACCCUGAAAAUAUUUCGCUAUGGCGACCUGGUGGCCUCGUAUAAUGGAGGAAGGACGUUGGUGGAUCUGCAGAACUUUGUUGAGAAACACACGGAGCUGUGA